AUGGAGUCGUUACUGGUGCCAAUUAUCUUCAACAGAUCUAUUUAUGAUGUUUCUCUGCCACCCGGAUCGUUUAUUGCUGCCGACGAUUUUGAGUCACCGCGCCAACUUGCCAAAUACCUUAAUUAUCUGGAAAGAAACAAUACUGUUUAUUUGAGGAAUAGAUAUUCUUGCAGUUACCUGGAAUGGACGAAACACUAUCAAAGAUCAACGGCAGAAACCAGCAUGUGUGAUUUGUGCAGAUACGUGCAUUCUUGUCGUGAAAACGGAACAUCAAAGACUGUGUCGGAUAUCAGUGCAUGGUGGUAUCGCGACAAGCAGUGCAUUUCAGAUUAUGCCAUGAAGUUUUUGGAAAAUCAAAGAACAACAAAAAAACUACCAGUUAUGGAGGUCGAAUAA